ACGUCUGCGCAUGCGCGGGGAGGCUCGAGCGGAGCUGUCCGUAUCAACCAGUGCUGGAGUGUUUGCAUUGAUCUCAGCCGACUCUCCGGCUCCGCUCAUGUAGCAAUUUCCAUCUCUCGGUUAAAAAGACAGAAAUUACAAAAUAUGGACGAAGAGCUAAAAUGCCCCGUGUGUGGCUCUCUCUUCAAGGACCCUAUUCUUCUACCAUGCUCGCACAACAUAUGUUUGGCGUGCGCGCGGAACAUCAUCGUCCAGACCCCGGAGGGCGAGACACCUCCACACGGCAGCAGUAGCCGGGCGUCGGGCACCUCGGACUAUGACUACCUGGACAUGGACAAGAUGAGCAUGUACAGCGAGACGGACAGCGGCUACGGCUCGUACACGCCGUGCCUCAAGUCUCCGAACGGGGUGCGAGUUUUUCCGCCCACUAUGGUCGGCGGCGGCGGCGGUGUCCAUCGCCAACACUGCUCAAUCACGUGUCCGCUGUGCCACCGCAGCGUCUCGGUGGAUGAGCGGGGACUCAAGGGCUUCCCCCGGAACCGGCUCGUGGAGUCUAUCGUCUCGCGCUACCAGCAGAGUCGCGCCGCGGCCGCGGUAAAAUGUCAGCUGUGCGACCGCAACCCCGUCGAAGCCACCGUGUUCUGCGAGCAGUGCGAUGUGUUCUACUGCGCCCCGUGUCAGCAGCGGUGCCACCCCUCCCGCGGUCCGCUCGCCAAGCACCGCCUGGUGCCGCCGAACCAAGCGGCGAGCGCGGCGAGCGCGGCGGCGAGAGCGGGCGCUGCCCAGCAGCCGCCAACGCAGCAUCCUCCAGCCACCGCGCGCAAGCCAGCCACCUGCGCGGAACACGAAGCGGAAAACUUCAGCAUUUAUUGCAUGAACUGCAAGGUUCCCGUGUGCGCAAAAUGCAUGGAGGAGGGCAAACACGCCAAGCACGACGUGAAGCCCCUGGCCGUUAUGUGGAAACAGCACAAGUGCCAGCUCUCCCAGGCUCUGAACGGCGUCUCUGACAAGGCCAAGGAUGCUAAGGAGUUCCUGGUUCAAUUGAAGAACAUGCUGCAGCAGAUACAGGAGAGCGGUGUGGAGUUUGAGGCGUGUCUGGUGGCCCAGUGCGAUUCGCUGAUCGAGGCGCUGACCAGGCAGAAGGCCAAGCUGCUCACCAAGGUCACCAAGGAGAAGGAGUACAAGCAAAAGGUGGUCCGUGACCAGAUCACCCACUGCACCAUGAAACUCCGCCAGACCACCGGCAUGAUGGAGUUCUGCCUGGAGGUCAUCAAGGAGAAUGACCCCAGCGGGUUCCUUCAGAUAUCCGAUGCCCUGGUGAAGCGUGUGAGCUCGUCCCAGGACCAGUGGGUGAAGGGGGCCCUGGAGCCCAAGGUGGGCCCCGAGUUUGACCUGACCCUCAGCACCGACACCCUGCUGCAGACCAUCCUGCAGCUGGACUUCUGCCAGAACAAAGAGCCCACCCUAUCCGAGAUCAUCUUUCCAGAUGGGCAGGAGACUUCCUUAUCCAAUCACACGCUCCCAGCGGGGUGUGAAGCCCAAUCAGAGGCAGAGGGGGUGAGCCCUGGAGUGGACUCCUCUCCGUCAGUGCCAGCGGCCCCUCUGCUGCAGCUUGAGAAGUGCUGCACCAGGAACAACAGCGCCACGCUGGCCUGGAGGGUCACUGCGCCCGCAGGCAGCCCCAUUGAGGGCUACGUGCUCGAGCUGGACGACGGCAACGGCGGACAAUACAGGGAAGUGUACGUGGGUAAGGAGACUGUGUGCACUGUGGACGGCCUGCACUUCAACAGCUCCUACAACGCCCGGGUGAAGGCCUACAAUGGCAUCGGAGUGGGAGCAUACAGCAAGACGGUGGUGCUGAAGACCUCCGAUGUGGCUUGGUUCACCUUUGACCCCACCUCUGCACACCGGGACAUCGUCCUGACCAAUGAGAACCUGACGGUGAGCUGUAACAGCUACGACGACCGCGUGGUGCUGGGGACUGCUGCCUUCUCCAAGGGCGUCCACUACUGGGAGGUGUGCAUCGAUCGCUAUGACAACCACCCGGACCCGGCGUUUGGCGUGGCUCGCAUCAACACCCUGAAGGACACCAUGCUGGGGAAGGAUGACAAGGCCUGGGCCAUGUACGUGGACAACAACCGCUCCUGGUUCAUGCACAACAACUCUCACACCAACAGGGCCGAGGGGGGCAUCUCUAAGGGGGCGACGGUGGGCAUCCUUCUGGACCUGACCCAGCGCACGCUGACGUUCUUCAUCAACAAGGAGCAGCACGGGCCCACCGCCUUCGAGAGCCUCGAGGGGGUCUUCAUGCCCGCCGUCAGCCUCAACAGAAACGUCCAGGUCACCAUCCUGACCGGCCUGGAGGUGCCAAAGACCAUCAAGCAGUAAGGGCAGGACGGGAGUUGAGAGGAGGGGGGGUUUCCCUCCGCCCUGGCUACAGAGGGAGAGGGAGCCCCCUCUGGAUGGGGACCAACAAGGGCCUCCGGAGAGACUCGCUCCAUUCAUUCAUUUUGAUGGACCCAUUCCAAUGAUGUCAUUUUGGGGGAUUAACACUGUUACCUCUCUCCACCAGGCCCUCUCAAGGUGCCCGGGUUUUUGGAGGCUGUUAUAGCAUGAUGGAUGCUGCUUUAGGAUAGGAGUUGGAUGGGGGGGAAAAACAAUGGAAGUGAAAGUCAUGCAGUGCAAGUGAAGUCAUUUGAAUAUGAAACCAUCGUCUGGACCUGCUUUGUCUGAACCGGUUGGAGUGGGGGUUGGUGAGGGGGCAUCCCAGCCCUCUGAAGUGCAUCCAAGCCCUCUUACAAAACACAUACCCUCUGACCAAAUCCACAAAGGAUAAUGUCCACACACACACACACACACACACACACACACACACACACACACACACACACACACACACACACACACACACACACACACCUGUACAUAACAAACUGGGUAUUCCUCUUAAAAGUAGUUUUGGGGUUUUCACAUCUUCACGUCAAGUGUGCUUUUAUUUUGGUUGAUUGGGUACAAUCACGGAGACAAGAAGACACCACCACUGCAAAUGUUUACAAGCUAAACGCAACAAUACACGUUCAGGGCAUAAAGGUGUGAAGAGUGCGGACUGUGAUUUGUUCUCUCCGCUUCUCUCAAAGGACAAAAACAAGAGGGGACAUCACACUCACUGUGCUCACGGCCCCGGCCAGCUGUGACUCCCCCUGUCACCUGGGGAAAGCUGCGUCACACUCUACGUUUUUUACCCUUCUUUUUUCACACAUCCACUACUAUAGUCACACAUGAGCGGAUAGGAAUCUUGAAAGGAAUAGCCCAAUUUUUCACAGAGGGGUCGUCGUAGGACAGACGCAGGCGUCAACUCAUAGCGCUAAUCACGUUUUGCACUCCCUUCUUGAACUAGGGCGCCGCACGGGUGAUAGACCUCUCUUCCCUAGUUAUGUCUACCACUCAUGUCUUCUGCCCUUGUGCAGUCCGGUAGCACAGUUAUAAUUAGUGUUACGAGUGCCACCUGUAUUUGUCUUACGACGACGCCUCUGUGAAAACGGUCUGUUCUGCGCCAUCUGAGAGCAAAGCGGGCGGCUCCGGCGGUUCGCUGGCGCGCCCCUAAUGCCCUGGCAGGGAUGCAGGGGCGGCAUGCUGUGCACAGCCAGCUACAGCUGAACUCCAUUUCCUGAGAGCUCUGAAAUGAGGCUUAAUUGUCUCCCAAGAGCUUAAUGUCCUAAAAGGGCUAAACAUAGAAAUAGAAAAAAAAAAUCAAGCCAAACAGGAUUUAUUUUGUUUGUUUAAUUUGCAUCUUUUGGUUCACUAUUUUAUGUCAGAAAGAGUUAUAGGUGUGUAUGAAUUCAUUCUUUUCAUUGUUAUUUAUUUAUUUUUGUAUGCAUUUGUGCUUUAUUUUCUCUCCUACCAGUAAAGGCAUAUGUCAGCCUUGGGAAUGAGCUUCAAAGUUCAAACCAAACCACUGUGAUUACAGAGUUAAAAUAAUACAUUUAUUUAACAUUCCUAUGUAUAUAUUUGAUCAAACUACUGAUCUUACUAGAUAUAAAGAAUGAGCCUUUUAUGAACUUCGUCAUAUCUAAUUUAUUUUACAUUAAAUAUUUAUAUUCUCUAUAAAAAUUGUUUGUGUGUGUGUGUGUGCGUGAGAGUUAAUCAUGUACAACAGAUUGAUGUAAAAACAGCCCAUUUGUACAAUAGGGUCACGUGUGCAUGAUAGUGCUGUUGAUGGUCCUGUUUAAUGUAACUUAUUAGUAGACAGGCAAUGGGAUUUUAUGAUUAUGAAUAGUUAUAAAGUUAUAAAGCAUGGUUUAAUCAUUUAAGUUCACAGGCAAGUUUAUUUAAUAUCCCAAGUUGUAUUGUAAAUACUGUACCGCGAUGUAACGUCUUUGCUCCGAGCGUGAGAACAAAGUCCUACGUUGUCAUUUCUCGCCCUCUGCUGUCCGAAAUUGUGAACUAAAAAAGGAUCUCAUUUACACGCUAUGUUGCAGAUCACUUGUGUGGGGGAUCACGAAGUCUGCAAUCAUUUAUUGUUACAUGUAUUUAUUUGUUACAGUUCGAUUUUUUAAACCUGAUAGCCCAAUCUAACUCUGUACACCCCUCCCCCAUGUGAACCCAACCUUGAAUAAUUCCUAUCCAGAGAAAACGGUUAAAUAUUGUACAGGGAGGAAAUCGUUUUAUUAAGACUAACGACUGAUUUAGUGUCUAGCUGUAAAUAUAAUUUUUAUUAUUUUUUAUUAUGUUUUGUUAACAUGCCCCUCAACCAUGAUGCCAGUACAAAGUUCUACUGCUAUUAACUUUGACAGCUUAAGUCCCUUGCUGUGUGCCACUGCCAAUCGUUGGAUUCUCUGCUUCAGAUGCUUUUUAUAACAACAAUCAAAGCUGCUAGCUGUAAUUUAAUGUUACAGCGGGACGUUUUCUCAAAAAUGCAUCCCAGUAGCGCACCCUG